GAAACGGUCUCCUUGUCUUUGGCGGCGAGGGAGGAGGAGGAGAGAGCAUCCCAGUCCAGAGGCGGCUUCGUUUCCUUCUGUGCGAGUAUGGCGGCGGCAGCGUAUCGGCUGGUCCUGGUGCGGCACGGCGAGAGCGCCUGGAACCUGGAGAACCGCUUCAGCGGCUGGUACGACGCGGACCUGAGCGCCACCGGGCAGCAGGAGGCACAGCGAGGGGGAGAAGCCCUCAGAGAUGCUGGCUAUGAGUUUGACAUCUGCUUCACAUCUGUGCAGAAGAGGGCAAUCCGCACUCUCUGGACUGUGCUAGAUGCCAUUGAUCAAAUGUGGCUACCUGUAGUGAGGACCUGGCGUCUCAACGAGAGGCAUUAUGGUGGCCUGACAGGCCUUAACAAGGCUGAGACCGCAGCUAAACAUGGUGAGGCCCAAGUGAAGAUCUGGAGGCGUUCUUAUGACAUUCCACCACCUCCAAUGGAGCCUGAUCAUCCCUUCUACAGUACCAUCAGCAAGGAUCGGCGCUAUGCUGACCUCACUGAAGAUCAGUUGCCUACAUGUGAAAGUCUGAAAGAUACCAUUGCUCGGGCCUUGCCCUUCUGGAAUGAGGAAAUUGUUCCCCAGAUCAAGGAAGGCAAACGGGUGCUCAUUGCUGCCCAUGGCAAUAGUCUCCGUGGCAUUGUUAAACAUCUAGAAGGAAUGUCUGAGGAAGCAAUCAUGGAACUCAAUCUGCCCACUGGAAUCCCUAUUGUCUAUGAAUUGGACAAAAACCUGAAACCUAUCAAGCCCAUGCAAUUCCUGGGAGAUGAGGAGACAGUCCGCAAGGCCAUGGAAGCUGUGGCAGCCCAAGGCAAAGUCAAAAAGUGAGGCCUGGGGAAAGAAAUCAGUAGAGGAUCCCCUCCCUCAUCCCUCUCCUCCCCAGCACAUGCCUGCCACAGCCUGAGGGACUAGGCUGAUGAGCCAAAGGAGGUGAAGCUUCCUGGGGCCAUGUUCUUUCCUUCAAGACCAAUUUCCUUCCACAUUCACUCCCCACACUCAUCUGGACCUGGUUAGAAACCUAAAAAUGUGGACCACAGUCCAGCAGAGGCUCUGGGAGAGUAGCAAGCCCACUGCAAUGGAAUGUGAUGCUGCUAAAGUGGAAGGGGGCCCAACCACUCCCCACAUUCCCAACAGACAGCUCCUCUCGCUUUCAUUCCAUUUCAUGUGGCAGCUGUAGAUGCAGUGAAUCAAGUGUUGCUUGAUGUGGCUUGGCUGUUCAGGAUUGCGAUUUAAGACUAGGAAUGCUUGAAAUAGCACAGCAAUGAUACAAAGACCACUGUUUUAGAAAACAGCUUGUCACUUAACUAAAAGGCCAUUAUUUUAGUUGUCCCUGCAGCUGUAACUGAUUUUGUUAGGUAACAAUAGCCAACUUUUAUGUGAUUGCCUUCAAAAUGUUAGGGAGAAGGGGUGAGGCUAGGGAAGAGAAGAGAAGGAAACAGUGCUUACCCUGGAACCUCCAGUCGUGACCCCAUAACAUUGCUGUAGUGCCAGUAAGCCCAGAUACUGUGUAUCAUCAUGUGUUGCUUUUCUGCCCAACAGUCUGGUAUCCCUGUCACACACAAGGCAGGUUUACACUGGAGCUCACUUCACUGUACAAUGGCUGCAUUUGCCCUAGUCUCAGUAAAAUAAAGGAAUUAUGUGCAAUA